CACACACAACCAUCAAUUUUAAUUCCAUUCACACUCUCUUCCUCUUUUCGAAGUUUUCUACAACCAAAAUAAUAAUAUCACAACCCUCUCCAUUAUUUGUCAUUCUUCUCUCUAAACCAUCAUCAUCAUCUCUUUCUCUAAGCAAUCAUCUAUCUUUCUUUUUAGCUCUCUCUGCCAUGGAUUCCGGCAACAGUAGUAGCAUGCAAUCUUCAAGCGGUGGUGGUGGAGGAGACCAAGAAGAGUACGACUCACGCGCCGAUCAAUCAAUCUCUGCUUUAUUCAACAACAACAACACAACCACCGCCGGUCAAACACAGCUUGACUCUCUGAUAGCUAACUAUUUCAACACCGGUUGGUCAACAGAUAAUCCUCUCUGGUCAACAACGACCGUGAAGCCCACUGAUGGCUCUACACCACCAGUCUUCUUCACAAACCCACUUCAACAAGAUCUGAGAGUAGUCUCAAACACGAACACAAGUAGUCCCAUUAGUUCUGUCCCCACCGACAAGAAAAACGGUCUGGCGGUGACAACACGGAUUCCAAAGAAGAGAUCUCGAGUCUCGAGAAGGACACCAACCACUGUUUUGACCACCGACACUUCAAACUUCAGAGCCAUGGUUCAAGAAUUCACUGGUAAUCCUUCAAAUCCUUUCACAGGAUUAUCCUCAUCAUCCUCUCCUUUUCCAAGAUCAAGAUUUAACCUAUUUGGCCCUUCUUCUCCUUCUUCAUCCUCACGACCCUUGAAACCCUUUCCUCACAAAAUUACUCCACCACCAUCGACGAGUCAUCGUUACCUAACUCCUCCUUCUACAGAUUAUCAUCAGAGUCUUCUCCUUAACACGAACAUGCAAACCAUCGCAAACCCUUUUCUCAACAACCAGAGCUUGGGAAGGAGUAAUGGUUUUGGAGACGUGGACGUAGGAACAAACUUUGGGGGGCUUCACAACAUUAUUGCCUCUUCAUCGAUGACGCAGCCAACCCCAAACACGAUGCAUGGACUCGACAAGAAUUCUGAAACCGAUAAUAGUGAUCCGCUAAGAUCAAUCAGUGGUGGAGAGCAAUACAUGAUGCUGCAAAGAUCCGAUGGUUACACACCUCCCGUUGCUUCUGGGUCGGAGAAUAAUUUAGCAGCGGUGAGGAAUAAAGGUAUGAAGGAAUUAUCAUGGAUCUCUUCUUCAGAUUAGAUUCGAUCUAACCUUUUAUGAUCGUAUUUAAUAUUUAUUAUUAUAGAUAUAUGAAAAAUGGAUCGUAGCGAAAAUAUUUGAUGAAUGGAACAUUAAUUAGUGUAUGGAAAUAUUUUGGAAUCUUUUAUGUUCUAAAGUUUGUGGUCUAAAUUAACAGUGACUUUGUAUAUAUUGGAACAAUGUUAUUGUUAUAUCGGUCUUGCUCCGUUUAUUAACUGGACUGGAUUGGGUGUGGUUAUAUGUAAUAGUGGAUCUAUAUAGUAGUGUUUGAUUUUGAACAUCUA